CAUAAUAAAGCAGAUAGUACGUUUGAGAAAAACUAUAUAUAUAUAUAUAUAUAUUCUAUACAAUAUUUUGCGCAUAGCACAGUGAAUACUAAACUGUAUUUGUGGCAUAACAAAAUUUCACUUGUGAAAUCAAGUUUCACUUUUGAACAAAAAAAGAAAUCAAGUUUGGUUGUUGUCAUACAAAAAAAAAUCAAGUUUGGUGCACAUGCACAUAUUCACAUAUACAAUUAGAAUACCUAGAUACUGAUAGAUAAUAUAAUAUGACAUUAAUGUUAAUGGAUGACACAAAGGCAUGCGAUUAAACAAAGGGCUGGCUCCUAGCACAAUACAAUCUCCUAGUGUGCAAAGGACAUAAGCAAUAAUAACUUUUAAACUUAAAUAUAAUGUUUAUGUUUAAUUUGAAUUUAGUUAAUUAACAAGGACUCUUCCUUUUGACGGGUGCGAAGACCGAUUAAGCGGUCAACAGAUUUUAACUCGGGGAAGCAAAAACAAAUUCCCCCGCCCCCACCAAUUUCACGAUAUUUUAAUUUACUUCAUACUACUUCCUAUUAACAAUUAGACGAAGAUAUUUUAUCUUGUACAUCUCUUCUGCAAGUUUCUCUAUUUGAACGAAAUUUCACGUUAACUCUCUCUCUUUCCAUAUGUGAUUUAAAUAUUAAUAAGUUUGCUUUUAUAUUAUUUCAUGAACGUACACAUGCAUAAGAGAGAAUUCGGGGAUCUACAAUAUUUAUCGCCUCUUUACAGUAACCCAUUUCCUGUAUUGUAUAAAUUAUCUUUGAUUUAUACGUGAAUGUAUGCAUGUAUGUUUAGUUAUAUACGUAGAUGUACAUUUAAACAGAUUGGUCAAAUGGUAAUUAAGACUAAGAGGUACUAGUAAUUUGCAGAGUGGGAAUGCUGGGCUUUGAGGAGUCAUGAAUCGCAUUAAACGAGGACGUGAGUUCCCAUAAUCCUAGUGGGGAUUUAGAGAGAGAGAGAGAGAGAGAGAGAGAGAGAGAGAUGGAAAAUUGGAGUUAGAGACUUAAAUCUGCUUUUAGAAAACUGAAUAGCAUUAAUUAUUUUAUUGUACAAUGAAAUUUAGUUUGCCUCUUAGGGUUGGAAUUUUCCGGUUGGAGUCUUGGGUUUUGUCUUACUACAUGAAACUGAGAUAUCUCUCAUUAUACUCUUGAUGUAUUUUAAGAGAGAGAUAGAGAUGUUUUAAUAGUAAGCCACGCAGAUGCGUACAAUUUUUUGUUUAAAACCAUGUUGUGGUGGCUUAAUGGUUUCCGCUAGAGGAGGAAUUGUCCUGUUGGUUCAGGUCAGGAAUCGAUUCCCUUCUAGUGCGAAAUCAUUAGUUCCAUAUGUGGCCACGCGGUUAUGGGUCUAUAUUUAUGGUCCAUUUAAAUAUCUGGAAAAUAAUCCAUAUGUGUAUUGCACCUCUCAUCUGGAGGUUAGGUUUGUGUCUUUAAUAAAUCCGGUUUAAUCCUUUUAAGUUACGAAAAAAGAUUAUAUGCAUACAUAUAUAGAAUAUACUAUUUAUACAAAACCGUUACGUGCCAGACCUCGUUACGAUGUUUUCAUUGCAUAUAUCCAUUACUACAUACUCUCCCUAUAUUCGUUUCAAUAAAAUUAUCCUUGAAAGUUUAAUAGUUUCAACUUUCAAGGCUCAAAAGAACAAAUUUAACUGUUUCAAAAUAUAUGUGGUUUUCUAAUUGUAAUGUAUUUUUUUUGUCACAGACACUUAUUCUUACAAUUGCCAAAAUUUAUGACCUAAACACGCACUAAUAUGUUUAGUUUUAGUAUAUUUAGUAAGGUUACGAAUUCUAGUAAAAAGUGUCGAAGGGAAGAAAUAUUUUUAGAUAAGCUGUUAUUUUAACAUAAUGAGUGUAAGUUUCGUCACCGCAUCAUAAUUCAGAUACAAACUAAAUACGAGUGUGUGUAUUGUGAAAUGCUGUCCUAAUACUUAACAGGUCGUAAUGGUCAUAUAAGAACUAUAAAACAAAUAAUCACAUGAAAGGGAUACCGUAUUAUUAUUUUUUCUCAAAGCCAUAAAUAUUAUAUAUCAACUCUUACAAUAAUAUUCUAAUGAGAUAAAAUCCAUUUAAUUAAACGGGUCUCUCAAAGCUUCUAUGGCCUUCCUCUGUAUUCAUCUUUCACAAAUAUCUUAUUUUUUUUUGUUAAAACCCUAAAAGUACCAGAGUUUCCAGAUUUUAAAAAGAGAGAGAGACUUCACCAAUAUAUAAAGCAGAAGAAGAUCUCGACCUACAUAUACAUAUUCUCCAAUCUUUGGAAAGUAGUCUUGAUCAUUUAUUUCUCUUUCCCCAAUCCUUGAUUGUUGAGUCUUCCUUUCUUCUUUGAUUGGCGUAGAGCUUGGUAUAUUGAUUAUACCAAAGUGGGUAGCUGCAAUAAAGUGAUUGAUUAACCCAAACACAAAACAAACAGAUUUGACUCAAAAACGGAAAAUGAAUUCAAACAACUGGCUUGGCUUUCCCCUUUCACCAAACCAGUCUUCUUUGCCUCCUCACGAAUACAACCUUGGCCUGGUCAGCGACCAUAUGGACAACCCUUUCCAUACACAAGAGUGGAGUAUGAUCAAUCCACACGGCGGAGGAGAAGGAGGAGAGGUUCCCAAGGUGGCUGAUUUUCUCGGUGUGAGCAAACCAGACGAAAACCAAACCGACCACCUCGUAGCAUACAACGACUCAGACUACUACUUCCAUACCAACAGCUUGAUGCCUAGCGUCCAAUCAAACGACGUCGUCGUAGCUUGUGACUCUAACACUCCUAACAAUAGCUAUGAGCUUCAAGAGAGUGCUCACAAUCUACAGUCAUUGACUUUGUCCAUGGGGACCACCGGUGGUAAUAACGCCGCAGCCAAAGCUUCGCCGUCGGAGGCCACCGGCGAUAACACUAGCAGUGGUGCACUAGCCGUUGUUGAGACGGCCACGCCUAGACGUGCUUUGGACACUUUUGGACAACGAACCUCGAUAUAUCGUGGUGUCACAAGGCAUCGAUGGACCGGUCGAUAUGAAGCUCACCUGUGGGAUAAUAGUUGUAGAAGAGAAGGCCAGUCUAGGAAAGGAAGACAAGUUUACUUGGGUGGGUAUGACAAAGAAGAUAAAGCAGCAAGAUCAUAUGAUCUAGCCGCACUUAAGUACUGGGGUCCCUCGACUACUACUAAUUUCCCGAUAACUAACUACGAAAAAGAAGUAGAGGAAAUGAAGCACAUGACGAGACAAGAGUUCGUGGCGGCUAUUAGAAGGAAAAGUAGUGGAUUCUCACGAGGCGCUUCGAUGUAUCGAGGAGUUACAAGGCAUCACCAACAUGGAAGAUGGCAAGCAAGGAUCGGCCGAGUCGCCGGAAACAAAGACCUCUACUUGGGAACUUUUAGCACUGAGGAAGAAGCAGCAGAAGCUUAUGAUAUAGCCGCGAUAAAGUUCAGAGGACUCAACGCAGUGACCAACUUCGAGAUCAACCGGUACGAUGUGAAAGCCAUCCUAGAGAGCAGCACUCUUCCCAUAGGAGGAGGCGCGGCUAAGCGGCUCAAAGAAGCUCAGGCUCUUGAGUCUUCAAGGAAACGCGAGGCGGAGAUGAUAGCCCUUGGUUCAAGUUUCCAAUAUGGUGGUGGCUCGAGCUCAGGAGGCUCUGGCUCCAGCUCAUCAAGGAUUCAGCUUCAACCUUACCCUCUAAGCAUUCAACAACCAUUGGAGCCUUUUCUAUCUCUACAGAACAAUGACAUCUCUCACUAUAAUACCAAUGCUCAUGAUGCUUCCUCCUUUAAUCACCAUAGCUAUAUCCAGACGCAGCUUCAUCUUCACCAACAAACCAACAAUUACUUGCAGCAACAAUCGAGUCAGAACUCGCAGCAGCUCUAUAACGCUUAUCUUCAAAGCAAUCCGGCUUUGCUUCAUGGUCUUGUCUCUACCUCAAUCGUUGACAAUAACAAUGGAGCAUCUAACGGUAGCUACAACACAGCGGCAUUUCUUGGGAACCACGGCAUUGGUAUUGGGUCGAGCUCCACCGUUGGAUCUACCGAGGAGUUUCCAACUGUUAAAACAGACUAUGAUAUGCCUCCGAGUGAUAGCACAGGAGAGUACGGUGGUUGGACUGGUGAGCCUGUUCAGGGGUCGAAUCCUGGUGGUGUUUUCACUAUGUGGAAUGAGUGAAAAUGGAUCUGUUUCUUGCGGCACAAGGAAAUAGGUCUGUAUUAGUAACUAUUUUAUCGUUAUUCUGUUUUUCUUUCCUAGUCUUGGAAGUUAUAUUAGAAGGGACUUUUGGUAGAAGAAUUUAGGUAACGCAACUGGUUCAUUUAAAAUUUACGGCGAAGGUGUUGAUUCUCGGACACUGGUUAAAUGGUUCUUGAGGGAGGGUUUUAUGGGUACUCAGUUGAGUUUAAGAGUACCCAAUUUUUGUUUAAGGCUAACCCUUUGGACUAAUUUCCAAACUUGUAGUUCAUUGAUUUAUAAUCUAUAUUUCCUCUAGUUCUUAUUA